GCUGGAGAAACUCUUUGGGUUCAAAAACGUGUUUCCGCCGCUUCGGAAUCGACCCAUGCAUGACAGGGACUGAGAGCGAUGAAGUCAUUCAGAACCAGCUGGUGRGAUUUACCRGAAGACUAUAUUAUGGGAACACUUACAGCRWUCUURAUARWAAWGCGAUGCGGCUAGACAGACUGGAUUUUGACUUGAUUGGGAGUGACGGCCGACAUCUCCCACUGCAAAUGUUCUUCUGGCAGGGACCUUACCCAGAUGAUGCUUACCUAUCAGGCUGCUCCGCAGAUGUCUGGGACCGGGACACAGGGUUGCUCAUCUCACAUGUUGCAAGGUCCUAUGACCCGCAAAUCUCAAAGGUGAAAGUGCUAACAAAAAACCUUCAACCUGGGGGGUACAAGCCCCACCAUGAUGUCCCUACUGUGCUGAAGGAAACAUCGUUCUUAAAUGCACUUUGCGUAUCUGAAGGAGGAGGAGGAGGAGGAGGWGGAGGAGGAGGAGGAGGAGRAGRRGGRSRASRAGGAGRARRRRGRGRAGRRGGRGRAGRASRASRAGGAGGAGAAGCAGGAGAAGGACGUGGUACAGGUACUAGGACUUUCAAAGAGCACCGGGAGGCGCUAUUUGACAGUGAUCACGAUAUGUUCACAUCUCGUACAAAACAGAGAAGAUCCACCCCUCCACACAGCGUGGACUGGAAAGUGAUGAAAUCUCUGCAGAAGCUUCACAAGUCUUCUGUCAGUUUAGUGUCGUACAAGUACCACAGCAAGUCCGAGAUUGAGCGCUUGAUUCCCAUUGCAGCUCGAUUGCGAGAACUGGUGCUAGGCGCGAUGCACCGGGGUUGCUUCGAUAAGAUGGUUGCCGAGUUGCGACUUCGCCCUUCAUAUCUGAGGGAUCCCGUCCAGACUGCCUGUGCGCAAUUUGCCCACAUCUUCAGGGGAUCGCAGUGGGAGGAACUACCUCAGCAGCUCGUGCUCCACAUCUUGCAGUUUUUGCGCCCACAACGGCAUGUCAUAUUUCGACCUCCCUCCAGSACCCAAGCAUCUCGUGAUGCUGCUGCACAAGCCGUUGGGGCGUUCCGGUUUGAACACAGAUGGGGUGGCUCUGACAUACCUGACGCACCGAUCAAGGAAUUGCAUGCAAGGAACCUAGUCUUGCCGAAGUGAGACCAGGUCUGGAACAAGACCAGGUGGGAGUCCCGGAGUGYGCCAAUG